AUGGGCACAGGAUUAACCAUUUUCAACAGAGGAAACGAGCCGAUAUUCCUGGACUCCAGAAGACAGGAAAUCAUCGAUAUAACGGUUUGUACGGAGAGGGUGGNGGGUCUGGUGGACGACUGGAGAGUCUCGGAUAAGCCCUCUGGCUCCGAUCACAGACAAAUACGCCUAACUCUCCAACAAAUACCGCAAAUCAGCUGGGUUCGCAACCCACAAAAAACCAACUGGGAGGGCUUUAGGGCUGACCUCAAGGCCCAGCUCGCUAUGGCCCCAACCAGUUUUAGAACCAAAAGCAACUUGGAAAACGUGGCGGACUUUUUAAAGAACGUCAUUACAAACGCCUUUGAAUUAAACUGCUCACCAAAACCUAGGAAUCCGGUGAACAAGAUCCACUGGUGGAAUAAAGAGCUCGGUAAGCUCAGAUUGGAAACGAGAAAAAAAUUCAGCAAGACGAAAAGAACAGGACUUGCAGUACACUGGGAGGCCUUUAGAAGCUCUCAACGAGAGUACAGCAAGGAGAUUAAGAAAUCGAAGUGCAAAAGCUGGAGACGUUUUUGUGAAAGCAUUGAGAGCGCCCCGGAGGCAUCCAGGCUUCACAGAAUCCUCAGUUUGGAUCACCGUCCCUAA